AUGGAAUUCCUUGGCACUACCCAGACUGCCAGCUACUGCGGACCAAGGAAGAGCUGCCUGCUUCCAGAGGUGGCCCCGACCACUAUCAGCCAGGACAGCUACCAGUCUUAUUACCUGCCAGGCUACCGCUACCUGAACUCAUGGCGCCCCAGCUUGUUCUACAAAGUGUCCGCCUUCCGGCCCAAUGAUGAGGGAGCGGGGCGCCUCUGCGCCCCACUGCGGCCUCCCACCAUCCUGCCGGCGGUACGGUCCUCCUUGUACGCACGCUACAGCCCCAACGACUGGUACAAAGCCAACCAGCUCCAGAUCAAGGGCUCGGAGGCUUACCGGCACUGGGCCGGGAGGCUGAACGCCGACACCGGGAGGCUAAUACAGGACAAAGACCAGCUGACACGGCAGCAGCAGGAAGACUCCGGGAAGAAUAUUGGGCAGAGGCUAGCGGACAUCGAUUUCUGGAGGUCCGAGCUGACCUAUGAACUCGAACGGCUGCUGGCCGACACCCGCAUGUUGGACACAGCCAAGAGGCGCCUGGAAUGUGCUGCGGAUGAAGCCCAGGGGCCACUGCAGGUGGCCUUGGAAUGCCUAUACAAUCGGGAGAAACGGAUGGGGAUCGACUUGGUCCAUGAUGACGUGGAAAAGAAUCUCAUUCAGGAGGUUGAUCUGAUCAGAGCAUGCCAAGAAAAAAUGAGAAAGCUUGCAGAAAGGAUUGAACAACAAAUUAAUGUUAACAGAGAUGCCCAACAUGCUCUCGAGAGGGACCUUGGGGACAAGAACUCGGCCCAUUUCAUCGAUGAGAAGUGCUACAACCUGAGGAACACUUCCGACAGCAUCAAUUUCUACCACGGAGUGGAAAAAAUAGAUGGAACAGUGACGGUCCCUGAAACGUGGGCCAAGUUUAGCGAUGACAACAUCCGGUAUUCACAGAACGCACGUGCCAACACAGCCACCCUCUGCAACGAAGCAGACCACACCCUGGAAACCACUUCCGAUGAUAUGUGGAGGCAGUGGACAAACACGAAUUUGGCCUUCAGCGCUCGCAUUUCAGAAAUAGCGGACUCCAAGAACCAGCUGCAGGCACAGCUGGCCAAGACACUGCAAGAAAUCUUUCAGACAGAAAAUACAAUAAUGUUGCUGGAAAGAGCCAUAAUGGCUAAGGAGAGCCCACUCAAAGUAGCCCAGACGCGCCUUGAAGCCCGAACAUGGCGACCAAAUAUGGAGUUGUGCCGGGACGUACCCCAGUUCAAGCUGGUGAACGAGGUUUUCACCAUCGACGACACGCUGCAGACCCUGAAGCUGCGUCUGCGCGAGGCUCACGACACCCUCCAACUGCUGAUCCUCAACAAGUCCAAGCUGGAGCACGACCUGCUGGUGAAGGCCAACUCCCUUUUCAUCGACAAGGAGAAGUGCAUGGGGAUGAGGAAGACCUUCCCCAGCACCCCCCGCCUGGUCGGCUACACCUGAGCUUGCCCCGCGACCUCUGCUCUGACAUAAAAGCUUUGCAAAUGA